UAAAAAUAUGGCAUUUUUUGUAGGAAAAUAAAACCGGACCAUCUGUUUUGUUAUUAUUAACAAAAACUUUUGCAUUUUUGCGAAAAAUUUACUAUACAAAUCAGGUUUUAUGUGAAAAAGUUGUAUUUAAGCUUUAAAGAUAACAUGUUGAAAACAAAUUGCAUUAUGACCAAACGACGUUUGGGAUAUUUUGUUAACCCUUUACGUACACUAUGUUCACAACAGCAUUGGUUUAAACCGGAUGGUAUAGACACCGGAAUACGCAUUUAUAAUUGUGCCGCCAGACGUCAAGUUCCUCUUAUACUACCUAAUGAAAGCUUUCUAACCUGGUACACUUGUGGUCCCACUGUUUAUGAUUCGUCUCAUUUGGGUCAUGCUAGUUGUUAUGUUAAAUUAGAUAUUAUACAACGUAUAUUAAGGCAGCAUUUUAAUUUUAAUAUUGUAAGUGCUAUGAAUAUAACGGAUAUCGAUGAUAAAAUCAUAAAAAGGAGCCAGGAAUUGGGCAAAGAUUGGCGAGAAAUAUCACACUAUUUUGAAACAGAAUUUUGGUCAGAUUUGAGUAAAUUGAAUGUAAUACAGCCUAAUAUUAAGCUAAGAGUUACGGAACAUAUGCCUAAAAUUAUCAACUACAUUGAGAAUAUAGUACGGAAACAAUGUGCUUAUGUGGCUAAUGAUUCAUCAGUUUAUUUCGAUGUAAAACAAUUUCCGAUUUACGGCAAAUUGCAGAAUUUAAAUUUAAAUGAAGAUGAUGCUUUAAAAUCGCAAAAUAAACUUUCUCCCUUUGAUUUUGCCUUAUGGAAAUCACGUAAAUCAGAAAAUGAACCCAGUUGGCCCUCGCCUUGGGGUCCGGGAAGACCCGGCUGGCAUAUAGAGUGCAGUACUUUGGCAAAUAUGAUAUUUGGUAAGUCUAUAGAUAUACAUGCGGGAGGUAUGGAUCUUAGAUUUCCACAUCAUGAAAAUGAAGAGGCUCAAAGUUGUGUCUAUCAUGAUACGCGUCAGUGGGUAAACUACUGGCUGCAUACUGGCCAUUUAAAUAUCAAAGGAGAAAGUGAGAAAAUGUCCAAGUCCUUAAAAAAUACCAUAUCCAUAGAUGAAAUGCUGAAGGAGUUUACUGCCGAUGAUUUUCGCAUGGCUUGUGCACUAUCAAAUUAUAAAAAUUCAAUGGAUUAUAGCAAAGAAUUAAUGGAAACUGCUAAAAAUACGUUAAACAAAUUUAAAACAUUUAAAUUUGACUGCUUAGCUUAUUUGAGUGGCAAAAAAAUUGGCUCCAAUUUGAAUGCUAAUACAAUACUUCAAAAUCUAAAUUAUGCUAAAUCCAAUAUAGACUCUUGUAUCAGAGAUGACUUUGAUACUGCACGUUCAAUAAGCAUACUCUUAGAUCAAAUUUCUGGAGUUAGUCGUUGUAUUAAUGCAAAUACCAAUACAAGCGUAGAAAAUGAAACCUCUUCUUGUUUAGAUGCUAUUGCCGCGGUAAAUAAUUAUGUUGAUUAUAUUUUGCAAUCAUUUGGUUUUAGCUUUGCAGAUGGCCAACGCAGCAUUAAUAGUAAAGAAAUCAUAAAUAUUAAUGUCAUAAUUGAAGAUAUUUUAAAAACACGCGAAAACAUACGACAGCAAGCUGUGAUGGGGAAAAAUAAGGAAUUAUUUAAAGUGUGUGAUGAUUUGAGAAAUUGUUUGCGCAAUCAUGGUAUUGAAAUACGUGAUCAUUCUCAGGGCAGUUCUUGGAAUUUCAUAGAAAAUAAGAAUUAAUGUUGAUGUUUAUACAGAAAACUAUUAUUGUUUUAUUAAGAAAAUAACUUUAUAAUUUUUAAGAUUUUGCUUGUUUUAUCAAAUAAACUAUUAAUGUUACAAAUG